GGUCCUGACCUGCACCAUGAGCUAUAAAUUCAAUGAUGCUGGGGUAACUCUCAACCAGUCUAAGUCUGUUUGUCAAAGUGAAAUGUCUGUCUCGAUAUCGUUAGUCGCGUUUGUCUUAAUCGGAUUCUACAUAUGGAUGAAGUGGCGAUUUUCCUAUUUUCAACGUCGUGGCAUCGCCCAUGAGCAACCACUGCCAAUUGUUGGCAAUAUGUGGGGCUGGCGAGUUACCAAACACACCUCGCAAAUAUUGCAGAAGCUGUAUGUUAAGUACAAGCAUUUGGGACCCUUUGUAGGCGCAUACUUUCUGAUGACACCCAUUUAUAUUAUAACGGAUAUGGAACUGCUGAAACGCAUCUUCAUCAAGGACUUUGGCAACUUUGAUAGUCGUGGCCUUUUCUACAAUGAACAAGACGAUCCAUUGUCGGCACAUCUCUUCGCGGUUUAUGGUUCAAAGUGGCACAGUCUGAGACCCCGAAUGACACCAAUCUUUAGUGGUGCCAAAAUGAAGCUUAUGUUUCCAGCAGUUACCCGAACUGCACAGGAACUAGUCAAUGUGAUAAAGGAGCGUUGUGCCGGAACAACGAUAUCCUUGGAGAUUACCAAAUUGCUCGCCUGCUACACUUCGGAUGCUAUUGGUACUGCAAUCUUCGGUCUGGAGUGCAAUGGUCUGCGAAAUCCAAAGGCGCCAUUUGUUCAAAUGGGCCUCAAUGCCAUGCUAAAGAAACGCUACGAUUAUAUAUUCUGCCUCUUCUUUCCCAAGCUCAGUCUUAAGCUUCACCUCAAGCGAACGCCUGCUGAUGUGGAGGCCUUCUACAUGGGCCUCGUAAAGGACACCAUUAACUACAGAGAACAGCACAAAAUUAAACGCAAUGAUUUCAUUGACAUAAUGCUGGAAAUGAAGCAAAAAUACGAUGCCGGAAAUACUGAAGAGGGUCUUACACUCAAUGAAAUCGCCGCUCAGAUGUAUGUAUUCCUUGUAGCAGGAUUUGAAACAACAGCCACGACCAUAAGUUUAGCAUUAUACGAGCUGGCGCGGCACGAGCACAUUCAGAGCCAAUUGAGGGAGGAGAUUGAAGAGACAAUUGAAAAAUAUGGUGAAAAUGGGGAACUCAGCUAUGAGGCACUGCAGAAAAUGAAAUAUCUGGAGCAGGUUAUAUCAGAAACACUUCGCAAGUAUCCCGUGGCCACAGAGCACCUGCGUCGUACCAAUACUCACUAUGAGGUGCGAGGUCAUUCGACACAUUAUCUGCCAGCUGGAUCACAGCUAGUCAUUCCCGUCUAUUCCAUACAUCACGAUCCGGAAUACUAUCCGGAGCCAGAAAAGUUUCUACCGGAGCGUUUCACAGAGGAAGCUAUAAGGCAACGGCCCAGCUGCGCCUUCAUCCCAUUUGGUCAGGGACCUCGCAUCUGCAUUGGGAUGCGUUUCGGGAGAAUUAAAGUUGCGGUUGGUCUCAUUGCAUUGCUGCGUCAUUUUCGAUUCACUUUGACCCCCGAAACGCCACAACCCAUGACAUUUGAACAUCAUUCUUUUCUACUACACACAAAAGGCGGUUUUAAGCUCAGAGUGGAACCACUUCAGUAGAAUAGCUAUUUCAAUAUCUAUUCAAACUAAGUCUAAACACAUAUAAGAUAUCUUUGAGUGAGAGCUCUUUGCAAUGGAUUCACUCAUAAUAUUUUGAGACUCUACUGUAGUAAUCUACCUGGUUCUAUUCAUAUCUACAUGAGUUUAAAAUUAGCCUUAAUAAUAAGAGAACAUACAAAGUCGUCAAACUGGUUGGCAACGUAAACAUUAAGAGAAUAACUCAGAUUAUUUAAGUGACGUAAUGGAUCACAUAACGCUCUCCAGUUCAUUUUAUAGUAAGAGAGAAAAUUUCAGAAAAGCUUUUUUACGUUCUCCGCUUAAUUAACUACAUAGUGUGUAUGAGCUUUAGGUAUUUUUUAUAUGCAAGCCGAAUUGUUUGUUUACAUAGAGCAUUUUUGUCAAAUAAACAAUUAUAUUUCUG